GACCCACAGUGUUUGUUUCCAGUUCUCUUUUUUGUACCUUGCGUUCUGAGCUCCGAACAUCAUCGAACGAUUCCAUGUUGAUUGUCUUGUUGGUUUUGGAGAGCGUAUGACUACUUAACCUCCGUGCAAUCUCAGCUUGGACGAAGGCCAGCAGCUUUUACGAACCUUGACCUCCGAUAGCCUUGAGGCCAAACUGGACCUACGAUACCCCAAAUGGUGUUUCAAGGAAGGCAGAGCCCGAUCACCGCCCACUGUCAACGCUCAUCAUGGCUUCCAGGCUCAUGAGCUCCCUUUUGGCAGCCCUUUUCCUGACAGAGACAAUUCUUUCACUGCAAGUCUCUUCGAACUCACCUUGUACCUCACUAUGUCUCGACCCCAGCCAAAACACAACGAAUACGACUCCAUUGAGUACCCUUGGGAGUGACAUCACAUGUGUUGAUGCAAGUUAUGAGGGAACACCGAGCGGGCAGAGAUUUAUGGCCUGCUUGAACUGCCUACAAACCAGCACAGCAUCGGACGGCAAUGGCAAUGACCAAGGCUGGUUUCUUUAUAAUUUACGUUUUGCUCUGGAUUCGUGUUUGUUUGGGUUUCAACAGCCAUCUGAUUUUGUCUCUACUCCAUGCUCCACGAUUAAUUCAUGUCAACCCCUCCAGCGAGCUAUCGAGGAUGGCAACCUUCUCCCUUCCAACGAGACCGAGUUUUCUUACUGUUCAGCGGACAACAACGCCAUCUUAGGUGAUUAUCUCAAUAAAUGCAGAGAAUGUCUAAGUAAUACUUCGAAUGAGAAGUAUCUUCGCAACUUUCUCACUGCACUCCAAGCUGGGUGUAUCCAACGCCCUCAGGCCGGCACCGCCAUCGGGCUCCAAGGAAAUAUUUUUUCCACUACCCUUGUCAAUAUCACCACUCCUGAUUACAAUCCAACAUCAACAUCAACUCCCCACAAGGGUCUCCCCCAGGGUGCAAUCAUCGGCAUUGCUGUUGCACUUGUUGUCCUUCUUCUGUUGGCUAUCGCCAUUUUUAUCAUUUAUUAUCGACGACGCAGGAAUCUGAACGACUUGAGGUCCCCAUUGGAUUCUCGAUUUGGGGCCGCAAACAUUACUGCACCCACCAACGGUGCGUACGGGAACCCCUUUCCACAGACUCCAAUAUCCGUCAAUGGACACUUCGAUCAACCUCAGUACACGAUCAAGGAGCUUACCGCCUUGGAUAAUGCUCGAACUGUACUAGAAAAGCACCAAAUCAGUCCAAUUUCCACCAGCAGCGGUUGGAUAGAUGGCGCCCACGCUCGUUUGGCCGGGCAACUCACCAACCAAACGGGAACAAUCAUCCCCACGCAUCAAGCCUACAUCCCAGCUACUUGGACUCCGAUAUCUCCAUCAGGAAGUACAGCAACCAGUGAUACCUACCGGAUGAAAGACUAUCCAUCAGCCCGUUCAUCACCUAAAAACUUUCCGCCACCACUCAUCCUAGAAUCAAAACCACCGACGCACAAAAAAUCACCUUCUGCUCAAAGUCACCCGCAAGUGUCACAGAUGGAGACCAUCCACUCACCCCGUGCCUUCGAAUCAGGCUCAUCCCCUGACACCGAUUUCCAGCCUCAAUUCCACACGCAGAUGCGCUCCGAGAUCAGGAAUCGCUCUGUGAGCCGGCGCCACGGCGAAAGCAGGACCCGCAAUGACAGCCGACCUCGCAACGAAAGCAGAAACCGUGCAGAAAGCCGGGCAGAAAGUAGAACCCGCGCAGAGAGCAGAGCAAGUAGUCGUGCGGAAAGCAGAACCAGGAGUCGUGAUAAUAGCUUGUCAAGGGGAGAAGAUGAGUCACCACGAGUGUCGCCGCGAGAAGUCCUUGCUCAGAGAAUGGCGGAUGAGGCAAAUCCGCCUCGAUCAGCUUCGCGAGCUGAAAGUUAUAGGAGGACUACAGUACGUCCUGGGAUCAGCAAUACGAACGCCAGCAAGGAUGAACCCCUUAGCAAAAAUGGUCGGUUUGAUUUCGAGUGGGCUGAAAGAGAGAGGAUUGAGAGGGAGCGAAAGAUGGGUCUGACUAGCAUAACGAAAGAUUCGUUUAAGAAGAAAAAGGCGAAGAAAAGGCCUGAGGAGGCUGCGUCGAUGAGUGCAGAGGAGCCCGAGGAGCAGUGGCCCGGCAGCUACUGAUCAUUGAUGGUAUGUAUCCUUUUUGGAUACACGGUACGGUUUUUCAACAGUCUAGCGCCCAGGUGCGCGAUUCAGUUCGACAACAGUCAGGAUAUUCAAUUUUUCUGGUGUUUGGAAGGGAAGGGAAGAAACACACGAAAUCAAAUGGACGCUGGGCAUGGAGUAUAUAGGCGUCAGGUGUACAGGCGUUGGCUGGCAGCUCUUCUAGGCAUUUGGUAGCAGCACGAACGUACUUUUUCUUUUACACGUUCCUUUGUAAAUAUUUAACCCGCUUUACAACCAAGAAACUCCAAAAACUCAAUCAUCCC